AUGGGAAGUAAAACCAUUCAGACCGCCCUAUCCCCGGAAUUCAAAAUUACGACAGGAGGGAAACAGAUUUUGGCCAAUGCUUUACAUCGUGGAGUAUGGAGUGAUCCCCUGUGUACCAAAAAGCUGAAGACUGCCUGCUUCGCCCAGCUUCCACAACAGCCUAUGUCGCGGUGGUGGAUUAUGUGUGUUCGGAUAUUAUAUGUACGUAGGGACGGCUUGCUUGGUCCAGCACCUACAUCAGCCGAUGUGCCGAUGAUGAAAAAAGGAAAGAGAAGACAGUAUAUCCGGAUAGUUGUUUUCACUUGUAUUUUUCUCCUUAAAAAGGCAUAUGUCUGUGACUCAGAUUCUUGCAAAGCAUCAAAACCAACACUAGCUAUUGUACCCGCUUGUCCACAAAACCCAAAAGAACUACAAACGGCUAAGGACAAAAAGGAUUGUGAAAGUUUAGCAAAAUUGCAAAACUGUUCAAAACCUGAGGACUUUGUUUAUCAUUGCCUUCUCAGUACAACAAAAGACAAGCUGUACGAAGUAUGUGCUCCAGCAAUUUACUCACCCGGAUAUUGUAUCGGAUAUGACAGCUUCAGUCAAGAUAUCCAGGUAUUAUUCACAGAACGCUGCACUUCAAGUAGCUGCUCCAAAACAUUUUUCUCCGCAGACAUAUUUAACUAUUCUUUUUGCCAAAAGAUGUUGCGAAGCGUGGAAAAGACUGGUAUGUCCCCUCCACAUACCCUAGACAGAAGAAAUGAAGGAACGUCCUCGUCAGGUUUGUAA